UCCUUCUAGAGCUACCUUGAAUUUCCUCGGUGUAUAGACCAUCCAAUGGUUCAUUGUCUUCAUUAUCCUCUACUUCCAUGCGUGACGAACUCUUCUCUCUUCCAUGCCACUCUUCAGUUUGAGGCAGCACCGUGCAAAGUGGUUUCUUCCAUGUGACUCGUGGCUCUAUAGGCCAGACAAUUUCUUCUGUCAUGAGACGCUGCGCAAAAUUUGCAUGGCAUUAUUCUUUACAAUUCUAUGUGUUUGGGUUUUCAUCUGUCCACCGGUGACUCUGUCUUCUUUACAGCGUCGACGCUACUCGUCUGUGUAGCUGGUGAACUGAAGAUUUGCGACUGUUCGAUAGAUUGUUCCGUGAUUCUGCGUAGUCUGAUGGCUUUGUCGAGUGUCGAAUCUGUCUCCCGUACUAGCAGUCGCUCUCGUAGUUUGGAAUCAUUUAUGCCCACCGCAAUCUGAUCUCUUAUCAGAGAAUCCUUAAUUGCUCCGAAAUUGCAAUAGUCAGCCCCUCUUCUGAGAGCUGUGACAAAUAUGUCAAACGUGCGAUCUUCUUGGAUCGUCUUUCUGAAAACGUAUCGUUCGUAGUUGUAUUCUUCUGAGGUACACAAUACGUUUCAAACGCUGUUAAAAUACCUUCAACUUAAAAGUCCUUUUCGUAACAUCUCCGGGGUUUGUUCGUGUUGCUUUGUUCCAGAGAAUAUUUUGGAUAGUUGUUAUUUGUAUGGCAUCGUCCUUUUCGAGUAGGCCACUCGAUAUCUGAUACAAUUCCUAGGCUUCCUUCCAUUCUUUCUACGCAUGUGCGAGGUUGAGACUAUCAAUAUCCAAUUCUGAGGGAUGUUUGAUACGUUCCAUGUCGAAAUUGAAAAUCAGUAAGCUUUCUUUUGAAGAGAUCAUGGCACCAUGAUAUGAGCAUAAGAAAAUACACGUCUGCACCCUUCAACCUCAAGAGUUUAUUGCCGCACUUUUACACAACACGUGAUCCACAAGAUCACGUGACGAUACAUCACACAGGACAACCAACUUAUCAUAACCCGCCCUCCUUCCAAUAGGCCAUUUCCGAGUUACUUUGUGCCUCUGUUUCUGACGAAUCCUGGUGCAAAACCUUCCAUGCAUGUGAAAAUGCAUGUGAAUGGUUUCACAAGAAGACUCGUUUUGACACAUAGAAAUAAGACAACUCGGAACGGCCUAUUACCGUUUCCUCUCUUAUCAGCGUCCAAUAUUUCCCUCACCGCCCCCUUAUAUCCUUAAAUGUGUUAUAUGUGACUUACAAAUCAAUAAACAUUUUGGAGGAAUCAAUUUGAUUGGCAUUGCGAACAUUUUUGAGAACUGGGUACGGCUAGACACCACUAUGGCCCAGACUCAGAAUCUGUUUUUUGUUGUUGUUUUUUUUUUCCACGCUAAAGCGUUCUGACUUCUAUUUCCUCUCAUUUUAAUCCACUGUCCAGAUUUGGAGGAGACCCAAACAGAGUCACUAUAUUUGGUGAGUCAGCUGGUGGAUUUAGUGUUGGACUGUUGAUGCUGUCACCACUUGCCAGCGGUCUGUACCAGAACGUUAUCAUGCAGAGCGGGACAGCAGUUUCCCUGUCUUCAACUUUGGAAAGAGAUGAAGCUGACUUACGAGCAAGGAGUUUUGCCAAAGCCAUAGGAUGUGAAAUUACUUCUCUGAAAGCUUGUGCAAAAGAGAAAACUGUUCAAGAGGUUCUAAAUGCACAAUCAAAAAUAUUUUCACAGUUGAAUUAUCUGUCUUUGGGACCAGUGGUAGAUGGAUACUUUUUGCCAGAUUCUUCCCUGAAGCUCCUUCAAGGCGGGAAAUUUAACAAGAGUAAUAUCAUGAUUGGAGUGACACAGGAUGACGGCUCAGUCUUUGCUGUUAGCGUUCUAGCCAACAAAGGAAUUACAGAGGGAAUACAGAGAUCUUUGUUUGAGGAGGUGAUUAAAAAUCAGACUUGGACCCGAAAUCAAAACUCGCACUUGCAUGAACUGAUCAUCUACCAGUACACCGAUUGGUCGAAUGUCACCGAUCCUUACCUCUUACUUCAACGAUAUCUCGACGUUAAUACAGACGCCUCCUUUAAGGCUCCCGCUAUCCUGUCAGCUAACGCAUUCGUCAAGAAACAGGCUCCUACUUACUUUUACCAGCUUGAAAGAGCGCCUAAAGUGUUCCCUGGUUACCCAACAAUUCCAUGGGCCGGAAUAUAUCACGGGGCUGAUGUUUUUUACCUUUUUAGUGGACCCUUUCUUGUGGCUAAGAAUCUCACAUCUGACACAGAUAAGAAACUCAGCAAGGAUAUUAUGACCUUGUGGACAAAUUUUGCAAAAACUGGAAAUCCAAAUAAUCCAACGUUGGUAGGGACAAUUUGGCCCCACUACACAGCUGACACUGAAGAGUAUCUGGGACUAAGUCUUAAUUUGACAGUGAGGUCCAAGAUGCGUCCAGACAAGAUGGCCUUCUGGAAUGAGCUUGUACCAAGUAUUGAAGAAACAAUAGCACCAACCACAACUAGCCACAUACCGACUACAACUGAACAAAUAGAUGACAAAAAAGACAAACUCGUGAUGGUGCUUGCCAUUUUAACAGGGUUGUUUGCUGCUCUAGCUGUGUUUUUACUGGUUGUGUUGAUAAUAACUCGCUGCAAGCCAACUCGACGAGGAAAAGAGUUUGAAGUGUCAUUAAACAUGUAGCCCGCGAGAUAAUUGUAGUCAGACGAUGACGUUGUCAAUUGUUUGACGCUGAUUAUUGUUCAGUUAUCACUUUUAAUUUCUAAUUUCCUUUUCUUUUCUUUUUUUCACACGUGGUGUAAAAUCAAUUCAAUUCAGUCUAUUCUUUUUCAUGAAUUAAGGUACUUAUAUACAUACCGAGCUGAGGCAGACGACAACGGGAACGAGGACGUCACCAAACAAGAAGCCUAAAGGCUUUCACGCGGGAUGCUUUAAAUGCAUGGCUUUCCCCGUAGAAAUAAAUGCUACCAUUUAGUUUUUCAGUUGUAUUUUAUUUCUUCAACAACAAGAUAACAGAAUGUGGUUCGUGUUAAAAUUUGUAUGCAUUUCAUAGUAAGAGUGUAAACAUCGUCAACAUUGUUACUGUACGUUGUUGGAUUCGUUGCCACAUGGUAUAAGCAUGGGUCGGGCGUGCGUCUGUAGACAUUAUUCUUAUAGACCUUGGUGUAGUAACCCGGGCAUAGUCCCAAAGAGGGAAUAGAGCGAAUUUAAACGUAAAAUGCAGCUUUGAAUGAGACACGGCAUCCUUGAAAAGCAGCUUUAGUGAUAUCAUAGGUUUUCAUUCCUAUAAUACCGUAUUAAUUAUUAGUUUAAUAGGCAUUUACUUAAGCUAAAUAUUGUGUAAUUUUGCAAUAAUAGUUAAAUUUAAGUAUGUUACGUCGGUGCAUUAUUUAUAUCGAUGGAAUAUAUUUAUAUCGAAGGAUAAGAAUAAAUGAUUGCUGUAUGGAUCAGUGA